AUGGUCGAAGAUCUCAUCUACGAAUUCUUGCCGGUGAUCGGCUUUGGCAUGUGUGCGUCAUCGAUUUUCGUAUUGAUUGUGAUGCGAGGAUCGAAAGAUGCUUUCAAGUUUCUCCAAUUUUUCGCAUUUGUCGAUUUAAUCUCCGGAAUCACGAUGAUUUUCGCGGGUUUUCAUGGCGUCAUUCACACAAUUUAUGGAGCGGCGGGAGAGAUGAUUCAACCGUGGCAAUGCAUGGGCAGUGGCUGGCAUCUCCCGAUGUGGAUUUUCACGGAUGCUCUCCAUUUAUCACUCAUGUUUUGUUUCACUCUUGAUCGACUAUUUCUCAUCAUUGUCCCCAUUCAAUAUUUAAAAAUAGCAAACUUUUAUCUACACAAGCGUUUGUUAAUCGUUCCAUUUGCCGGUUCACUCGCCUAUUUGUACCCAGUUUUUCAGGAUGCAAGCGCAAACAGUGACAACAAAACGCUAUCGAUCUCUUCGCUUUGUCAUCUAGAGGAAGUGAUCGGAGAAGAGACGUACACUCUGCACACCGUUUUAUUGCAGUUUAUUCCUAUUGGAUGUGUUCUCGGCUGCUUUCUGAUCCUUCUCAUUUAUAUGAUUCGUCAUUUGAAACAACGAUGGUCUUACAAUUGGUCCGAGGCGACCGAUAUCACUAAACAGUUAUUGUUGGUCCUAUCAGUUCGUUGUUUCCUUUUCGGUGUCUCGGUGCAUCUUCCACUUCUUUUUAUUCACAAAGGAUCAACCGCUGAAAUGGCCAUUCUUCGAGAUUUUUUUAUCAGAAUUUGUUUGGCUAUUUGUGUGACGAUUGCUUCCCCGAUUCUCUUAUCGAGUCUUUGCCCACAAUUCUCACAUAAUGUCUACAUGCUUUUCAACAAAUACUCGCAUAACACGAAGAGGCAAUGGCAAAGUGCAAGUGAUCCACCAAAAGGUGAGGCCUUGGAUCACGAAGAAGGUGACCAUCCCGGAAAAGAUGAAUUCGCUGAUGCGGCGGUGAACAUGUUCGGCUCGUUUUAUUCGGCAACCGGCGCACCGAUGGGAUUGGGUGAAACGGGUGGAAACAAUCAUGUCGAUCGAGCCAAUCAUGAACGAUCAAUCUCUUUCUAUUAUCAGGAUAGUCCAAAAAGUACUACGAGUAAAAAAUGUCGACCUGCU